GUGCUGCACCGACACAAAGGAGUGAGAGAGAGAGAGAGAGGGAGAGUAGACUGGAAGUAUCCACAGAUUCUCAGAAAGUAAAACGCCUGUGUUGGAUAUCACACGUACUAAACAUACUCGCAAACUGCGUGCGCAUUAGUAUGAGUUUGGCACUUCUCCUGGAUUAACUGGACUUGCAGCCUGCUUGCAAAAAGCAAGUUCGCUCUGACUUUGGAGGACAAAACGCGCACAGAAAACAACGAUGGAUAGGAGCAUCCCGGGAUGGUGCGUGCUGUUAACCCUGGUUCUGCACGGAACGCGCUGCUUGGCUGCCAAAGAGCUCCAGUGCCAGGAGAUCUCCGUACCUCUGUGCAAAGGCAUCGGCUACAACUACACCUACAUGCCCAACCAGUUCAAACACGACACGCAGGACGAAGCCGGCCUGGAAGUGCACCAGUUCUGGCCGCUGGUGGAAAUAAAGUGUUCCCCCGACUUGCGCUUCUUCCUCUGCAGUAUGUACACACCGAUCUGCCUUGAAGACUACAAGAAGCCGCUGCCACCGUGCAGGAGUGUGUGUGAGCGGGCCAAAGCUGGAUGUGCGCCGCUCAUGAGACAGUACGGCUUCCCGUGGCCAGACCGGAUGAGAUGCGACCUGCUGCCCGAACAAGGCAACCAGGACACGCUGUGCAUGGACUACAACCGCAGCCAGACCACCACUGUCUCUCCUGUGGUGGCGAAGCCAACCAACCGACCCUUAAAGCCGUACAACACCAAGAAGAAGAGCGGCUAUGGUCGUGGGAUCCCCGGUAAGCACAAACCAGCAGCGUCUACGUGUGAAACGGGAUGCUUCUGCCGUGCGCCCAUGGUGCCCGUUACCAGCGACAGCCACCCUCUGCACAACCGCGUCAAAACUGGACAGAUCUUGAACUGUGCCAUUCCGUGCCACAACCCUUACUUUACACCAGAAGAGAGGACUUUUACUGCCUUUUGGAUCGGCCUGUGGUCUGUUCUGUGUUUCAUCUCCACUUUUGCAACUGUGGCGACCUUUUUAAUUGAUAUGGAGAGGUUUAAGUACCCGGAGCGCCCCAUCAUAUUCCUCUCCGCCUGCUACAUGUUCGUGUCAGUUGGAUAUAUUGUCAGACUGAUCGCUGGACACGAAGAAGUGGCCUGCAAUAGAGAAAACGGCGGAGAAUACAUUCACUAUGAAACCACUGGACCUGCUCUUUGUACCAUCGUUUUUCUGCUGAUCUACUUCUUUGGCAUGGCCAGCUCGAUCUGGUGGGUGAUUCUGUCCCUCACUUGGUUUCUCGCUGCAGGUAUGAAGUGGGGUAACGAGGCAAUAGCCAGUUACUCACAGUACUUUCAUUUAGCCGCCUGGCUCAUUCCCAGCAUGAAGUCCAUCGCGGUUCUGGCUCUGAGCUCAGUGGACGGGGACUCCGUAGCCGGGAUUUGCUAUGUAGGCAACCAGAAUUUGGACAACUUGCGGGGCUUUGUGUUGGCGCCGCUGGUUAUCUACCUGUUCAUCGGUACCAUGUUUCUGCUGGCCGGCUUCGUCUCGCUGUUCAGGAUCAGGAGUGUUAUCAAACAAGGAGGCACAAAAACUGAUAAACUGGAGAGGCUGAUGAUCAGGAUUGGAGUUUUCACUGUUUUAUAUACAGUCCCGGCCACUGUCAUAGUGGCGUGUUACUUUUACGAGCAGCAUAACAGGCAGACGUGGGAAAUUACGCACAACUGUACGUGCAUGACGGACCCGAACAGGCAGAGGCCAGACUAUGCUGUGUUUAUGCUGAAAUACUUCAUGUGCCUCCUGGUGGGUAUCACGUCGGGAGCCUGGAUCUGGUCCGGGAAGACCUUGGACUCCUGGAGGACUUUUUGCACGCGGUGCUGCUGGGGUAGUAAAGCCUCAGCGGGCUCCAUGUACAGUGACGUGAGCACUGGACUGACCUGGAGGUCUGGGACGGCCAGUUCCGUCUCCUGCCCCAAACAGAUGCCACUUUCCCGGGUUUGAUCAGGUGGAUUGGACGUCCAGUUGCCCAAUCUCAUGUCAUUUGACACUAAAGACUUAAAACCAGCUUUCUGGGGGCAAUGUGUCGUAGAGAAUGAUUUUUGUUUUGUUUUUAAUGGGUAAAUUAUUAAACGUCAGUCCCCAAACUGCCAGUUAAAGUCAAACUUUGUUCCUGAGAACUCCCCUAAUGUGAAAGUUUAAUGGAUUUAUGCUCCGGUUUGCUUAUAAAACUUAGAAGAUCAGUUUGACUUAUGGAAAGUGCUCUUCCCUUGCCUUCUUCCAGUGACGUACAGGGGUUUUGAAUAGAGGGUUUGAGAGGGGGAGGGGUGACUAAUUGUGUUGGGAUUGUACAUCAGCGUGUUGUAAUUAGCACAUUAAUGAGCGCCUAAUGGCUUCUCUUUAAAUAAUGAGACUGUCAGCAGCAGAACAAUGUACCUGGCACGAAGAAUGCAGAGUCUUAUCUGGGCUUAAUUGAAUGCACACAGCUGACAAGAUCCCCCUUGUCGAUAGGUUAUAUGGUAUAUCUGAGUAUCUCCUUAUUCUCACUGCAAAGAGCCGCUGUGUCUUAAACACACUAUUCACAAUGAGACUGUUCUGCUAGAAAUGAGGCCAUUGCUGGGCUGUUUUGUCUACAAGAUGGGUUUAUGCGUACAUUAAUCAAUGCCUUAAUACUGCCUCGUACGGGUUGCAUUUGCGCAUAAAGUGUAUUUAUAUAAUUAUUGGUGUACAUACAUUGUACAUUUGUACAUUGAAUUUU